CGGUCUAGAUUCUUACUUGUAAACUGACAACACGUGUGUAAAAUUUACUGUUGACAAUUUCUGUAUUUUGAGAUCAGUGAAAUGGCAAAAAGUAUCCGAAGUAAGCGAAAACGGAUGUUGAGAAACAUAAAGAGAGAACGAUAUGCUAAAAAGGAUCUUGAAAAAUUAAAAGAGAUGGUGGCUCUAGCGGAAAAAGAUAAAGACACCGAAAUGAAAGAACUCUACACAGUGACAGAACCCCUUGGAAGUGCAAAGUCAGCUGGUGAACCAUCAGGUUCAGAUGGCAUGGAUGUUGACAAAAAAUCCAGAGAUCCCAAAACACUCAGAGAUGAAAACGGCCACUACCCAGUGUGGAUGAACUCACGACGGGUCAAAAAACACAAAAAGAGACUUCAAGGAAUGGCUAAGAAAAAGGACAACAAACAAAAGUCCAAAAAGAAGCGAUGAUUGAAGAAACAAUCAAUUGUGAAUUUGUGAUUAAUACAGAGAUGUUAAAAUGAGAGUGAGAUUUUAGAUGAUAGUCUCAGAAGAAAUGCUUAUAGAUUGUUGAUCAAGGAAGAGUGAUUUUAUUACAUUGAACUACUAUAAAGUCGUGAUGACAUUAUAACUUGUAUCAUUGAAAACUGUUAAACUUAUGUACAGUACUUUAUUGAACUAUAUCACAUUUUAGAAGAGUCAGCACAAGCUUAGGUGACUGUCAGUCAUGUUUAUUAUUUUUUGUUGUUGUCAAUAAAUCAACUCAAUUCACAUA